AUGUCAAGUUGCAGUCUCAAAUGUAGUGUGUUGCCUUGUGUACACAUACAGAAUUCAAAUAGUGAAACAAAUAUCGAAGACUCCAAGGAAAAUAAUUCUCCACAAAGCUAUAAAAAUGAUGUAGAUACCAAUGAAUUGAAUAAUAAUAGUAACGACAAUAAUAAUAUGUGUGAUAAAUCGUCAGACGAUUUAAAUUUAAACAUUGAUCCGUGUUAUACUAAUUCUAUUAAUAUAAACUCUAACAUGGAUAAUAUAAAUGUGAAUGAAGAUUCCAAUGGAAAUGUGAAUACAGAUAUAAAUACAAGUAUGAAUCAUAAUGUAAAUUCAAGUACAGAUUCCCAUAGGAAUGAUGAUUAUAAAUUUAAUAUGAAAAUAAAUUUAAGCGCAUAUAGAAAUAUUUAUGAAAAGGGGAAGGGUAAUGCGCAUCCGAAAGUAUCUAAUUCAUCUGCUCAAAAGGGUAGUAAAGGCAUUUUAUUAAAUACAUAUAAUUAUUAUUUUUAUAACAAUUUUGGUGAUAUAAAUAAAAGAAAUAAAAAAAGAGAAGACGAUGUAAAUAUUUAUUUUUAUAAAAAGGUAUCUCGUAAUGUACCUAACUGUUAUGAAAAUGAGAGUAGUCAGAAUAGUAGCGAUUAUGGUCGUGUUGAAAAAUCAAAUUUAUAUAAUUCGAAAAAUUGUAAUCACAAUAAUCAAUUUUUCGGAAUAACUUCUUAUGAUAAAGUUUUUUUAAAAGAGUUAAAAAUAACUAAUAUAGAUAAUAAGUAUAAAAAAAAGAGUGUCAAAAAAUACAAUAUUCCCUUUGAGCCAAAUUUUUAUAGUAAUAGAUUUUUCUUUUCUGAUAAGAAUAUAAAUAAAGGUCAUAUUGGAAAUAAUAAAACCAUAAAAGUUAACAAUUAUUUAUCCGUCAAUAAUAAUAUUGAGAGUUACAAUUACAGUGAACGUUAUUCAUAUGUUUUACAGUUUGAAGGGCCGCCUCCCCAUUUUUUAAUAGUAAAACGAAAUAAUAUAACAAAGCAGUCAACAGUGGUUAAGAGAGUAUCAAUAAAUAAAAACAUAUCUUUUAAUCUUGCCAAAUUUAUUGCAGAAAAGUAUAUACAUAUAUUAAAUAAAAAUAUAAAAGUGGCUGAGAAAAGGCUGAAAAGGUUAGAAAACAAUAAAAAUGUUAAUAAUAAUAGCAAUAGCAACUAUAAUGCUAUUGAAAGUGAUAAAGUGAACAAUGUUAGUAACAAUGAAUGUACUUUUGAUAACAAUAAUAAUAAUAAUCCCCCAGAUUGUAAUAAUCAUAAUGGUUUGAUUAGUCAAAAAAAUGAUGACUAUAAUAAUAGUACUCAUUCUGAAAGUAAUAGACUUAGUUAUAAUAGUACGAGUUCUAAAAAUUAUGAUGAAAGUAAUCAUAAUGAUGUGAGUAAUACUAUGAAUAUUAGCUUUGGAAACAGUGAGAAUUACAAUGAAUAUUCAAAACAUCCUAUAAAUAUUUCCCCUGAUAAUAUAAAUUACUUAAAUUAUGAAGAUAGGAAUAUGGAAAAUACCUACGAUGAGCAAAUGUUUACAAAUGAAUGUUUAAAUAUCGAUUUGGAUAAUACCGUUUUUAAUUCAGAUGCAGAGGGAUAUAUAAAAUUUUUGAAUAAUGUAAAAAUAUAUGUUUUACAAAGAAUAGAAGAAGAAAAUAAUAUUCCUUUAGAAGCAAAAGAACUCAUUGGAAAUAAACUGGUUAUUUUGGUAAAAAUGAAACAAGGAUUUUGUGUAAAAUCAAAAACAUUUAUUUUUGAAAAUGUGAAAGGGAUAGAAAAUGAAUAUAAAAAUAAAAAUGAUAGCUCUAAUCGUUUAGAGAUCAAAGUAGAAAAAUUUAGUGAUCGUGAUUCUGUAAAUAGUAGUAAAAAUGUUAAAGGCGCGGAUAUUUCAAACGUGUGUAAUAAUGAUGAGCCAAACAGCGAAAAUGAUAAAGAAGAAAACAAUAAAGAUGUGGAUUCAAGUGGUAAUAAUAAUAAUAAUAAUGAUUUAUGUAAUAUUGCUAUAAAAGAAGAAGUUACUGAGAAAGAAGAUGGAAAUAAUUGUAAAAAUGAUAAAGGGGUAAUUAUAAAAUCUGAACCAGAAAAUAAGAAUAUAAAUUCGGAUACUAUUUUGGAUAAUGAUGGAAAUAAUGAAACACAAGAAAUUGAAUUAUCCGAAAAUUAUAAAAAACAAGUAUAUAAUUUUAUACAUGAUAAUAUAUAUAUAAAUUCGUAUAUUUAUGACAGCUUUGAAAAUACUUAUAUGAAUAAGAAAUUUUUUAAAAAUGAUGUUAUUAUAGUUAACAUGGAAUGCCCUAAUGAUGAGAUAAUAGAUGAUGCUCCAGAUUAUAUAUAUGAAUUAAAUAAAUUUGUAUUUAUAAAAUUUGUAAAAUAUGAGAAUUAUAUAAAAAAAAAUCACAAAAUAGCAGAAGGAUAUAUAGAAUAUCUCCUUCAAAGUAAUGUAAAAUGUAUAAAUAAUUAUAUGAUAGGUAUAAGAUGGGUCCCUGAUUUGUUUUCUUAUGAAUAUUACGUGUGCAAAAUUACUGAAAGGGAUAUAAAAUCUAAAGAUAGUUUAACGAAUGUAAAAUAUAAAUAUUCUUUAACAUCAGAAAAGGAUUCCAAUGAAGAACCAGUAAAAUAUUUAGUAGAUUAUGAGAAUAAACCAAUUGAUAGUGUUUUAUGGGUUUUACAUGAAUAUUAUCAAGCAAGUUUAUUUACAGAGAAAUGUCUUUAUAAUUUGUUUAAACUAGUAUUAUUACGUAUUAGUAUGUAUAUUUACGUUUUUAAUGCAAAGGUUAUUACAUUAGAUUUGGAUAAAGCUAUGUAUAGAAUGAAAAAGUUUUCAGAGCCGAUAAGUUUACUUGAUAAUAAUGGAAUGGGAGAUGAUAAAAUGAAUCAAAAGCGUGACCACAAUGAUAUUCUUCUUGAUAAUGCUAUUGACAAUAAUUAUAAUAGUGAGGAAAUAAAUAAAAGCGAUAAUUAUUUUAAUGGAAUUAUAAAUUCACAAAAUGAAAAUAACAGUUUUAGUAGUGCCAAUGAUGGAGAAACCAAUGGUAUUGAUAAUAAUGAUAAUGAAAAAAAUAAAGGUGAAAGCACAUCAGAUAAUGACACUAAUAAUGCUAUGAAUAAUGAAGGUAAUAAUAAUGGGGAAUGGAUGAAUGAAAAUAAUAAUAAUAUCAAUUACAAUGAAAUGCUUAUUAAGCAAGCAGAAUAUGAGCAAGACAAAUAUUUUCAAAAUAAGUUACGAAAUAAAAAAAAAGUAAGUUAUAAUUUAGAUAAUAUAUCUUUAUCAUUGAGAAAUAAGGAUAAAAAUAAUAGUAAUAAGUUUGGUAUAUUAAAGGAAAAUGGGACAAAUAAUAAUAUUUUUACAAAAUACUAUGGGUCAUCUGGUGAUAACAAGAUAGUGACUAUAAAUAAUAAUGAUAUCAUUAAUAAAGAAAAUGGAAAUUCAAACAAAAAAGGAUAUAAUUCUAAUACAAGUGAUGUUAGUGAUGGAUCUCAUUUAACAACCAAACAUAAAUAUCACUUACGUAGUAAUAAUGCUCAAUCUACUGAUAAUUAUUCAUCUGAAGAAAAUGCAUCACGAAAUAAUUUAGGAGGUCGAAAUAAGGUCGUUAGAAAUAGAACACUAUAUAAAAUGAUGAAUAAAAAUGGACUUGUUGAACCAUAUUGGUGGUUUUUUUAUAACUUAUAUGAAAAUGCAACAAUAAAAGAUGGUAACAUGAAUGGAGAAUGUAGUAAUACUCGAAGUGGGAAAAACUUUAAUUUGACAAAAAAUGGAUCUGCAUUUCGACCUGGUGAAAAGAAGAUGAAUGUAUUUAAUAAAGAAUCUUCAUUGAAAAAAAAAGAAAAGAAAAAAUUAAUUUAUGAUAAAUUAUUAGAAAAGAAGUAUAACAAUAAUUUGUUAAAUCAUUUAUUUGAAAAGAAGAAAAAAAUAAAAGUAAGAUAUAUUUCGAUGGUUCAUGAUGUUAUAUAUAAAAAAUUCAUUUUAUUAAAUAAUACAAUAUUUCCUCGAAAUGUGCAUGAAUCUGAAAUAUUAUAUACACUAUUUCCCCAUGAGCCUCAGACUUUUAUGUUUUUAUAUACGAAUGACGACUAUCAAUAUCAGAAUGAGGUGUUUUUAAAAAAUAUAAGUUAUGAUGAAUAUUUAAUGGCAAGUAAUAAUAAUCACUUGACCGGAAAUAUUCCAAGAGGAUUAUUAGGAGAUAUUAGUAACAAUAUUGAUAGUAAAUAUUAUGGAGAUGGUUUAUUACCAAUAGAUGGUAAAUAUAUAUUGGAUCAAAUAAAUCCUAAUUCAAGUCGAGUGAUUGGGAAAGAUUUUGGUGUUGAUCAUUUAAUAUUAGGUAGUGGUGGUGAUGCAAAUGUUGAUAUGAUAAAUUAUGGUGGUGAUUCAUCAAGUUUAUUAUUUUCUACAUAUAAUAAUUUAAAAUUUAAUAACAUUCCUAAUUAUGAAAAAAUAAAAAAAGGAGCAAAAGUGAUUGAAGGAAUUGGUGAUUAUAAAAGUCGUUUUAUGGAUAGUUAUAAUAUUUUAUUAAGUAAUGGAAAUGAUUGUUUAAAUAAUAUUAGUAUUGGAUAUAAUGAUAUUGAUAAUAAUAAUUUUGGAUAUGUAAGUAAUACUGGUUAUGACAUAGUUGGUGAUGGUAGUAAUGAAUUGAUUGACAAUAUAUUUUUACAAAAUCCAUCAUCUGGAUAUCAUAAUGAUUUUGAAAAAAGGAAUGCGAAAAAGAAUAAUAAUGAUAAUUAUUAUUAUUACAAUUAUUUUGUAAAUGGUGAAAGAGGUAGUAAAACUCGAAAUAACAAUUCGAAACGAAGUGUAUCGAAUGCUAACUUUGGUAGAGAUGUUGUAGGUAGUCGAUAUUAUGAUAAUUAUGGUGAUGAUGAGAAUAAGAAAAAUAAAAGUGAUUAUGAUAUGCCAUUAGUUAAGAAAAGAAAAGGUAGUAGCAAAAGAACAAAGAGUAACAAUUUAACUAAUGUACAAAAUUACGAUCCUUUAUACCAUAGUAAUAAAGUUGAAUCGAAUGUUAGUGGAAAUAACAAUAACGACACAUCAUUAAUACCUAUGGGUCCAUUACCAACUGGUGUUUAUUUUGAUUCUGCAAGAAAGUUAUGGCGAUGCCAAUGGAAAGAAAAUGGUAAAUUUAAGACAAAAGGAUUUAGUUUGAUACAUUAUAAUACAUUAGAAGAAGCACGAAAACAGUGUAUUCUUUAUAGAUGUGAUGUAGGAAAUAUUCCCGUAAAAAGUGAAUGGUUAAAUCCAGUAUAUGUUAGUUCAUCUUAUUUUUAUAAUAAAAAAUGUGCAUCUACUAGCAAUGCUAAUGUAAACUUUGGAGCAUCUCAUAAAGAAUUAAAAACAAGUUCAUUAAAUUUGAGUGCCUUAAAAGAUAAAACAGAUCGAAUAUCCGGAUUGAGAAGAGUUGAUGAAGGUAGUGGAAAAAUAUUUGCAUAUGGUUCUAGUAAAGAUUCGAGUGAUAAUUAUUAUGAAGGAAAUAACAACAAUACGAGUAAUAAUGUAAAUGGACGUAGUAGAUAUAGCACUAGAAAUAAUACAUCACCUAGUGAAUCUCGUGUAGUAAAUAAUGAGAAUCUAGAUGAGAUUGAUAUAUCCAUUUUAAAAGAAUUUGUUCAAAGAAAUAAAAAGAAUAACGUAUAUGAAAAAGGUGAAAAAGAAUUAAAUGAAUAUAAUACUAAACAUAAUUAUUAUUAUGAUUAUGAUAAGAUAAAAAAUGGAAUUUCAAAUGAGAUGGAUGAUCAAAAUGAUGAUAAUAAUGUGGAUAAACUAAAUGAUAUGAAUAAUACGUUUAAAAAUAAUUACCAGGAUAAAAUAACUAAUGAUGGAUCGAAUAAUUCAUUUUAUUUGAAUGGAAAGAAUGAAAAUAAUGAGAGUGGAAAGAAUGAAAAUGCUGGAGAAAAACUAAAAACUGGACUUCAGGCAUUACUAAGUAUGUUACGUUUUAAGGAUAAUAAAGAGAGUGGAAAUGGAUCGAAUAAUACGGGAAACUUAUCAAAUGGUAUAGAGAAAAAUGUGUCUGAUAUAGUUGAGAAUAAUAAAAAUAAUGAAAAACAUAACAGAGAAAUAAUUGAUGGAGCAUAUGGUAGUGACAAUGUUGAGGGUGAACAAAAUGGAGGUCACGGAGGAGCAGGAAUACAUUCAUUAGAUGCAAAUGAGGAAAAAUCAUAUCCUGAUGAUGGUGAAGAAUAUUUAGACAAUAACAAUAAUAAUAGUAGUACUAGUAGUAAUAAUAGUAACAACCCAUAUGAUAAUAUAAAAAAAAAUAAUGACUUGGGAAAACUUAACAAUCUUGGUGAGAUAGGUAAAUAUUCAAUGGAUUUUUUAAAAUUUAUUAAUAUUAAAAAUAAUUAUAACUUACAAUCUAAUAUGAAAAAAGGAUAUAAUGGUAUGUUGCCUGACUUUUUAUCUGGUAAUAAUGGAAAUGAAGUGGCUUUAAAUAUAAUAAACAGGAGUAGAAAAAAUAGUACUAGUAGUAAUGGGAAUAAUAUUAGAGAAGAAACUAAUGGAAAAAUGAAUAAUAAAAAUAAUAAGGAAGAAUUUGGAUAUAAUAAUGAUGGUUCUGGAGUAUUUUUUAAUGAUAUUCAGAAUUUUUUAAAUUUUGCAAAGAGAGGUAAUAAUAAUUCUCCUUCUGGUAAUAACAAUGAAUUUAUGAGCAAGUUAGAAAAUAUUGGGAAUAGGAAUAUGUUAAUAAAUUAUCCUAAAGGAAAGAGUAGUAAGACAAAAAAAAACACUCAGCAUGGUCAUCACAAAGAUAUAUAUGAAAAAAUGAAGUACAACAAUAAUCGUAUUGGUUUAAGUAACAAUGGUAAUAUAUAUGGGACUAAUGAAAGUAUUCAUCAUUCUGGAAAUAACAAUAAUAAUCAAAAAUAUAUGUACCUAGUUGAUAAGAAUGAUAAUUAUGAUAAAUCUGGUGUUAAUACAAGUAAGAACAACAAUUUGGAUCCAUAUAAAAAUGAUACUGAAAAUUUCUUUUUAAGACAAUUAAAAUUGUUUACAAGGGAUGGAAAAGGAAUGAACAAUAAUAACGAGAAAAAUAUAAAUUCAGAAAAAUUGAAAAAUAAGUUAUUAGGAGAAAAUAGUAAACAAACAUUGGAUUAUCCAAAUGUUGAAAAAGAAACAAAUGAUUAUAAUACUCGUAAAAAGAAAAAAGUAAAUACAUAUUAUGAAAAUAAUGAUGAUUAUUAUUAUUAUGAUGAAAAUUCAAAUGAAUAUUUUAACAACUUUAUGGAUAAUUAUAAUGAUGAUGGAUAUAAUAAUGGAGUAAACUUUGAAAACAAAUUAAUGAAUGAUAUGGAUUAUAUAGAUCCUGGAUAUGGAAAUAAAAAAUCUAAAAAAAAAUCAAAUAAUUAUAUGGAUUCUAGCAUGGUUGGUAAUAAUAAUGUGUCUGAAGUUGAGAGGAAGCAUCUUGAAGAUAUGGGUGGCAUGGGUAAUAAUGGUAUGGUUGGUAAUGAGAAUAAUGGAAUGAAAAAAGGAAAUGGUGGUGGUGAAGGUAAUUCAGAUAUAGAUAUAAAUUUAAUAAAACAAUCGUUGCCCAAAGGUAUAUAUUAUGAUCAUGCGAAAAAAUUAUAUAGAGUUCAAUAUAUUGUUAAUAAUUCAAUUAAGACUAAAGGUUUUAGUGUAAAGAAAUUAGGUUUAGCUGAAGCAAAACUUGAAGCAGAAUCUUUUCGAAACUUUUGUUUAGAGAAUGGUUUAUUAAAUUCACGUAAGAGACGAAUAAAUUCUCCUUAUAAUAAUAAUAAAAAAGAUGAGAAGAAUUUUAAAAUGCUUAAAGAUGAUGAUGAGAUAUUGUCUAACUUAUUGUAUUUAUACAACUCAAAUGCCAAGGAUCAAGUUCUAUCUCCGUGA